AUGGCAAACGUAAAGCCAGAAGACUCAGAAAAUACCCUCUGGCAAGGCUACAGCCUUCAAGCUCCGAACCCAUCAUCGUCCCAUCCGCCGCCCUUCGACUCGAGCUUUGCGGCGCCUGCAUUAUCUAUCCCGUAUCACGCCCGCUCACAUAAGAGCAGCUAUCGUUCCUUGGAUAUUCCCGCGAUAAAUACGCGACCUCCACCGCUAUCCCGGGAUGGAAAUGGGACGUUGACGGCAUCCCCACCUACCCUCAAUACACACCACAGCUACCCUUCAUUAAAACGGGCAUUUCACUCCAACGAGGGGCUGCCAUACGUUGAGAAUGUACACGAUUUCCGAGAGGAGUUACCAGUAGACCCUAAGCCGACCAUCAACCAGGAUCAUCGACUACUCUGUUUUGCUCGUCGCCCCGAGAAACGGACCAUUCUCGAUGGACAAGGACGGGUCCAGCAAAUCGAGCUAGCUGCACAGAUCCAUGGGAUGUUUUUCCUUUCAGAAUUAGCAACACCAUCCAGCGAGCCUCUCCUCGUUCAGCCGGAACUGACUUGUUACCGACGGAAUCUCUUUCAGAUCUCUGGGAAUGUGACGACGCCACGGGGACCCAUCUUUGUGAUUACCGAACGGGGCGAGCGAAUUCAAAUAGUCUCCAUGGAGGUUUCUAUUUCGGCUACUGAGUCGGUUGAUGGACAUGUUGUAAGGCUGAUUGUGAUUCCAUGGAAGACUCCACCACCAAACUCUCCCGAGCUCGGGCCCGGGCAAGAGCACGAACCCACGCCGAUACCACUGGAACCGGUUGAUGAUGGCCGGGAUUCAAACAGCGACUUCACAGUGUAUCCGAUCGCCUAUCGAAGGCUCCAGUUCCGAAUUGCUACGGCGAAUAAUGGCCGGAGACGGGAACUUCAACAGCAUUUUACGCUUCAUCUGAACGUAGUGGGCUCGCUUUCCAACGGGAGUAAGAUCAACGUCUGUGAAACAUCCACAGCUCCAAUCGUGGUACGCGGACGAAGUCCUCGAAACUUCCAGGCUCGAAAGGAGAUACCACUUGCUGGAUCGUCCUCGUCGCGCGGUCAGCCCCCUGAGCUGCAUGUUACUGCGGGAAGCAUGCCUAUUGCCCUCUCGGCGGAUAGGAAAUCUAAAGCUCUGAAAUCUCACGCUCUGGAGCUUCCCCGGUCCACGUUUACCUUCGACUCGUCUCAUAUCCCAGGAUCACCAUCCCUAAUGCGGCAAUCAACGUACCCGGGCUGGAAUGCAACGCAACCACCCGAUCACAGCUCGCCACAACACGCUGCGAGUUACCCAGCAGCUCCUGUCAGCCUGGAUAGCUUUCUCCAGGUCAAUCACUCAAACCCGGAUCUUUCGCACCCCGCCUCCCAUGCCUCAGCGAGCGCCAUGACCGCACCUCAGCCGCCUAUGAGGCAACAGUACACAUAUCAUCCAGCGUCGGCCCCCUCCGCGGAUGGCCCGCCGAUUCGCUUUGUCGAUGGCAAUCCACGCCCCACGAAGUCCCCGCGUCACAUUGCUCCCCCUGAGCUUCCAGCUAGCGCCCCUUAUUCAGAGUAUCCGGCUAGAUUCGCACCCUCGUAUGUCCCAUCAACCGAGCCCUUGCCAUCGAGAGGGCCGGACGUUUACCCUACGACUCUCCCAAUGCAGACAUGGACGACGGCACCAGAGGCGGGGGCUGUGUACGGGACUUCAUCACAGCAAGCGCCCAAUAUACAGCCUUAUGAAUUCCCCCCCGAGACACAAUACCAGAAGGACGAGAACAACCCCCCGCAGCACUACACAUGGAAUUCUGGUUGA